GUAGUAUUAUUACUACUAUUACUACUACUACUACAACCACUACAACCACUACUACUACUACUACUACUACUACUACUACUAUUACUACUACUAUUACAACUACUAGCGGUACUACUACUGGUUACUACCGAGUAUCGACACUACUACAACUACGACCGCUUGCUGGGGCGUGUGUGGCAUUUGGUUGUGUGCGUUAGUGUGCCCAUUGAGCGAGUGUGUUACUGACUGGUGUGCGUGCGUGCGCGUAUAUGUGUGUAUGCGCGCGCCGGCGUGUGCUAGCAUUUCCUUAUCCGCCGGCCGACGACGUGACCACGACGUCGCUGCCGACGCCGCCGUUCAGCACGACGACGACGAGGACGACGACGACGACCGCGACCGCAGACGACCCGACGGCGAUUAUUGUUAUUAUUAUUAUUAUUAUUAUUAUUACUAUUAUUUAUUUAUCGCGAUAACGAUUCGGGCCGGUUACGUUCGCGCAAAAAACCGCUCCCGAUCGCCGUCGGUCAUCGUCGUUUGUGUGUUUUUUCCUAAUCACCAUCAUUUUUUACAGGUGACGGCAACCUUACUACACACCAACCACUAAAUUAUCGCUCUUCUUUUCUGCUUCCACCGCGCCAGAAGAGGGUUUUCGACUUCCCUAAAGACCGAUGCUCGAGUCAUUCACAUACCUAACUACAGCACGCCGCCACCCGGUGCCUUCUCCGUCUUCUACCGCAGCCAUCGUCUAUUAGCUACCUACUGCGGUGCAAGUCGUUAUUAUACCUACAUCAAUUUACUCAAGUAAUCGUUCCAUGGUCACAGCUAUGUCAGGUGCGAACGGCGAACACUACACACUGGAGGAGCACACCGUCCCGAUCCGUAAUAAGUCCUCUCUGUAUACACAUGAGUAUAGAUAAUAAGCGGUAGCAGGUCGUCGUCAGCUGACUGCAGCCAUUUCACUAGUCAACCAUAUCGAUUGAUAUUUCCUGUUUAGAAGUUUCCUAAAAGCCGUUUGAAUGCAAGUUGCAACGGUAAUGCAUCCCAUGCAACAUGCUGGAGGAGUGGCAACAUAUUAUGCUACUCCUAGGCCAACUCACCCACACUACUCUAGUGUAAACUACCACGAUUACAACGCAUCCUAUUCCAAGCGCGCGCAGUUGGGUUGCGGUUACAACACUACCGGCGGUAACCAAGGUUUGACCAACACGACCUUUGGUGGCAAAUCGGGCACGGUACCUGGCCAUCACAGUGGUCCGCCCGGUAUGACCGGCAACUAUGCUAGUGGCGCCCCUACACAGUACCAUCACAGAGCGACGGCCGGCUGGAACUCGGCGCCCUUACCUGCCCAACAGUAUCGAUACGGAACCGGUCCAGUAACGCAGACCACCAUGUCGCCGUACACGUCCUACAACCCCAAUCCGACCACUUACACCAACAACAGCAACAACAGAAUACCUACGGCCUCGUCGCCAGCCAACACCAACAGCAGCUCGAGCUCUAACACCAACGGCGGUGCAUCGUUGCAAUCGUCCAACCAGCCGACCACCAGUUCGCCGUCGUCGGAAUGUCAAUCGGCCCCGCCGGCACAGCAGUUGUCCAAGACCAACCUUUACAUACGCGGAUUGAACCAAAACACAAUGGACAAGGAUUUGAUCACCAUGUGUUCGCAAUACGGCAACAUUGUUUCAACUAAAGCGAUAUUGGACAAGAACACUAACAAGUGUUACGGAUUUGUCGACUUCGAGUCCGGCUCGUGCGCUGACGCCGCGGUCAAAGGUCUGCAAGCAAAAGGUGUCCAAGCCCAAAUGGCUAAAGUGGGUAUUCCAGUUCAACGUAGAGCGGCCACUCAGCAAGAACAAGAUCCAACCAACUUGUAUAUAGCCAACUUGCCGCCGAAUUUCAAAGAGAACGAUUUGGAUACGCUAUUAUCGAAGUUUGGUCAGGUAGUAUCGACUAGGAUUUUACGUGACACAAAUAUGGUCAGCAAAGGAGUCGGAUUUGCUAGAAUGGACUCUAAAGAAAAGUGUGAACAAAUCAUCCAAAUGUUCAAUGGCAAUCCAUUGCCGGGAUCUAAAGAACCGUUGCUUGUCAAGUUCGCCGACAGUGGUCAAAAGAAGAGAAACCCUAGCUACAGAUCAGACUCUCGUUUGUGGAGAGAAUCGGAGAACGGCGGAUGUGUGCGAUUUCCGGUACAGCACUAUAUGUUGCAGGGCUCACACGUCGGGUACGAAGCGGCCCACAACGGUCUGACCGGGGCGGCCGGCUCGCACGUCAUACCGGCCACCGCGCUUGCGCAGUACGUCGGUCGGCACUACACCACGCAGGCGUUGCCUGCCCACGGAUACUCGAUCCCGGCGUCCACGUGGCUGCCGCAAUAUGUGAUGCAGCCCGCGCCGCCACACCAUCUGGCCCAGAUAGACACUCCUGUAUGUUGUCAGAUGAUUCAGCAAGCUGAUCCUGGAUCCGUUCAAUACGGUUCAGUUAUACCGCAACUCGCCACACAUAUGUCUGCUUUACAGAUCGGAAAUGGAUCAUAUCCAUGUUUUAGUACGUGGCCGGCCCACACCCAGGUUAUCCGUACUACACCAGCACUGCACCAAACAUAAUUCACACGGUUCCAAUUCCAUCUGAAGAACAUCCAUCGACAGCGGCGUCACCCGAUGACUCCUAUCAACAUUACACGCACAAAUAAACAGAAAAAAAUAUAUCAUGCAAAAACAACCAAAAUCGAUAAAAUAUAGUAGGUAACGCCCGCUUUUUUCCCAACGCACCCCAAGCUGUUUAAUUUUUGUUUAAAUGUUUUUUUUUUUUUUAUUAGUUAUCUUAGCCAUUUCAAAAUUUAGUUAAAUUUGUUUAGUACUAAAAAUAAGAAAAGCUUGGUAAAUAAUUAACCAGUAAAUGUAUAAAAAAAUAUUAGAAACUAUUAGUGAACCUGUUGAACUCCGUUGGGAAAAAUACUUUUUUAAACACUGUUAUCAGCGCAGAUUAACAGGUUAACGGUAUAUUUUAGACAAACAUAAAUUUUAGUUCAAUACAAAUUUAGCUCAAUUCCGGUUUUGCGUAGAGUAAUUAUUUAUAAUUCAUUAUUGUAGUAGGCACUUGUUUCAUUUGUCAUUCCCUCCAAACAAGUCUUCCGAGUCUUGUUUUGUAAAUUCCAAAUUGAUUAUAUCACCCGAUGCUAUUUGUUUUUUCCGGACCCUUGACAACAUGUCGUUUAUUUUGACAUGGUAAUGGUUAUAUACAACGCGUGUUAUCGUUUCGCGAUUCAUUUCAUCAAGUUCAGUUAUUUUUACUGAAAAAACAUAAAAAUAAUUUUAAUCGCUUCACUGUAUAGACGUAAAAUCGUAAAAACGGUUUUAUGUCUAAAUUGUGCAGUUUUUACUAAUUGAUUUUUAGAGUUAUUACAGUAACAUUUACUGAACGUUAUAUUUUUAUAAUGAAACGAGAAUACGUGUCAUUAUUGUAUUAAAACCUAGUAUCGAAAAAGUUAAUAGCAGAUUCAUACGGUCCAAAAAAAUAUGUACUUAUUAAUAAACUUGUUAAAUUUGACAUUCGGCAUAAUGCCGACUAAAUGUACAUCAAUGAGUUUAAAAAAAAAACAUAUAAAACAACAUUCAAUAAUGUCCAAAUAUUUGGUCCUCAGAAUAUUUGUUUUUGUAAAUUUUAAAUUAUUUUUUGUUUAAAACAUGUCCAUUGAAAUUAUUAUUUAUUUUUUUGUUACGUUGAAAUUAGUUUUUCGAUUUAAAAAAAAAAUUGUGUAUAAAGUUAAAAGUGUUUUGAGUUAUAAUUUUGUUCGUCGUUUGAGAUACCGUUUAUUUCUUGAAAUUUGAAAUUUAUGUUUAUUUUAAGGGUCCCUUGAAGUGUAUAACUGUUACACCCGUUGGCAACUAAACAUAAAGAUUAAGUAAAUAAAAAAAAAAAAACUAAGCCUCCGAGUGUAUGAAAUUUUAAUACGGUAGGUAAUAUGAAAUUCGAAAUACCUAAUUCGCGUUGCCGUUGACGCAUCCGGGAAGGCAAGUACCGUGUUGCGAGUAAAAUUCACAGACGAAAUUAUUACGUGAAUAGUAAACAUAAAAAUAAUAAUAAAUUAAUAAAAUAUUUAGGGUUAAGUAUAUUCAUUAAGUUAUUGAUAAAUUUAACAAUAGGUAAUAUUUUUGUUUAAUAAGUAUAUAGCUAUGUAGCCUAAUAUAAGUUUAAAUGUAAUUUAUUGUCGCCUAGUCGACCAAUCCCCACCCCUCCCCCCGUAGUAUAACCAUCCAUUUUGUAUCCGUGUGACUGAAUUUUUUUUUUGGUAAAUUUGUCUCCUUGAAAUUCUGUGAUACAUGUGUUAGUACAUGUCAGCGGUUAAUAGUCACUAUAAUGUUGUGUACCGUUUGAAAAAAAAAUGUUCUUUAAAACGAUACGUUUCAAAUUUUUAUUUUAAAUCUAAAAAAGAAAUUUAAAGAAUGUUUAUUUUUUUACCUUGACUUAGGUAGGUACAUAUUUUUGAAAGAAAAAAGAAAAGAUUAUUUUUGUUUUUAUUAUUUUCAUAUUUUAUUUAUUUGUUUGUUUUUUUUUUUAAAUUUCUUCUAUAAUUGACGAUUGAUUUCGUCCUAUUUUAUUUGACCUAUGAUUAUAACAUUAUAAUAUAGUAGAUAUAGAAAAAGUAUAUAAAUUUUAUAAUGUGAUUUUUUCGUUAUUCAUCUAAAUUUUUAUGAUUUUGACAACGUUAGAUAAUAUUAUAGUUGUAAUAAUAAUAUGUGUGCGAAUGUUUCGUGUGUGUGUGGACUGGUCGUAAUGAUAAAAAUAUGUCAUUCGUCAUUAUUUAAAAUAUUUCACUCGACCCCAGAAAACGUAAUUUCGAUCACUAACCUAACCUGAUAAUAAUUAACAACAAAAAUGGUAAUAUUAAUUGUAAAUUUUCUCAAAAUUGGUUACCUCCUUCAAGUCGAUCGGUGCUUUUACACAAAUAUCGACCAUACAUUUAGGGCCACGAUUUAAAUUUUUUAUUUCAUUUAACCCAAAAUCGGGAACGCUUAUCACUGGUAUUUCGUUUAACUCUCCCUUCACCGGCUAGUGGCUUUUUCAUCCCAAGUCAGCUUUUCUAAAUUGUCCACCGCGUAUGACCUAAACCACGACGACCACCACCACGGUUCGCAUAAACAUGUUAUAAAAUUACGUUUUUAUUUGUCCACGACUUUCUUACCCCUCCCCACGACGCAUUAGUCAGCUCGAUAUUUUUUUUUAAUUUUUAAAAUUUUGUAUAAAAUAAUUAAUAAUACAUAAUAUGUGGUGUAUAUAAUAAAAGAAUAAUUUUUUUUAAAAAAUCAAUAAAUUGUCCAACGAUUGUGAUUAUUGUUUAAAUAAUUAUGAUUUACGUUUGCUCCAUUAAUCCCAAAGAUAUUAUAGUAAAAUCGCAGAGACCGUUCCUCGGUGCUCGUUUAAUGGCGGUACUAAAAAAAUAAAAAGAUAAAAAUAAUAUGUUAGCCGUUAGGUUUAUAAAGUAUUUUUUGUUUUAUUUUUUUCUCUCUCUCUCUCUAUCAUGAGUUAUAUAAAUUAUAGUUUUUAUUUUUUGUUUUGUUUUAUUUUAUUAUUAUUAUUUUCGAUAAAUACAUACAAUUUAUAUGAUGCAAUUGAAUUAUGUGUAAAUACAGUUACGAAAGAAAAUUUCAAACAAAUUUGGACGAUACCAUUGUAAUAGUAACGCCUCUUUUAAUAAUCGUAGUAAUGCAAUCCUAAUUUUACUGUAUAUCAUCCAAAGUAUAGCUUAUUAUUAUUUUUAUUAUUAUUAUUUGUUUUUGUUUACUUACGGUUUUUAGAAAAUUGUCUUUACUUCGUGCGAAAAGCGAUUUUCUUAGAGAAUUUCUGGGUUAACUAUGAAAUGAAAUUGUACAUACAUACGACUGUUCAAAUUUUACAGGGGUAUUUUUGUAUUCUGUCCCAUAAAAAAAAAAUAAUAAAAAUGUAAUAAUAAGACUUGGUUUCGCCUAAGCGCCUUUGUCUGAAUAAAACGUAUGAAGUUUUAAAUGUGAUAUUUAGCACAUCGGUGUCUUCCCAGGACGCUAUUUGCGCAUGAUUAUUUGUGCUAAAGACAAAAUGAAAAUAUCGUUAAAAAAAGUAAAUAUUUUUCCGCGGAUUCCGGACAUUCUCACGAUCGGUUUAUUACGUGCCUACUAGUUUUCCGCUCACACGUUAUAACGUAGAGGUACGACCACAGUAGAUCGGUAUGACAUCUUAAAUUGAAGAUAAAAUCGAAUAGGUAAUAAUACAAAUAAAAUAAAUAUAUCACAAAAUCUUGGUCUACGCUAGUGCCAAGUAUAUAAACAUUUCCGAUUCACGUACGAUAUAUGCUACGUACGUAUAUUAUAAUAAUAUAUUAUUGUAUGAUACCUGUUGCGUUGUUCGGCGUUUCUAAACAGUGACCGCACAUCAAAUUAAUAUUCUGCGUAAUGUGUAGGUCCUUUUCUAUAUUAAUUAAUAUAUUUUUUUUUUAAAUGUCUUGGCUGACGACAUAUUAUAAUUGUUGUUAUCAUAAUAUGUGUACCGAGACGUAACGUCGAUAAUACCGCUUCGGCGUAUAAUAUAAAUUAUAAUGUACGUACGUGUAUAUGUGUGUACAACAUUUCAACAAAAUAAUAAAAUAUAAUAUAGCACGUAUUACCUACGUUUAAUAAUAUGAUUACAAUUCGAACGUUAUAAUAUGUAACGACUUAUUUUUAGUGUGUAAGUUUUAAGUGUUAUUAUUAUGAUAAUGGUAAUGAUAUUAUGUUUACAUUAAUUAAAAGUCUAAUAUUAAAUUAAUUUUUUUUUCUGCAGCGUACUGCGCGUACGCUACACACGAUUAGCCUAAAUAUUAUGAUAAUAUUAAGAAAUAAUAAAAAAGGACGAUUGUUCGAAUGUCGUCUUCUCAAAGCUGUCUUAGAUAUGGCUUGUCAUUAUUUUUGUUUCCGAAAAAAAAACAAUUUAGCUUUAGUAUCUUAAGGUUUUUGCUUUUAAACGUACGUCUUAAUUUAAAUUUAAGUUUAGUGAUAACGAUAAUAAUUUUAAUUAACAAAAAAAAACCUGUAUUGAAAAAAAGUUUAAAAGAAAAAAUUAAUAUUAAUAUAACGUCGAAAGGAGAAAUAAUAAGUAAUAUAGUACAUAAUAAUAUAAUAUAUAUUAAGUAUGUGCGAACAAGAUGUUUGUACGUUGUGAUUGAGACUGCUGGUCCCCCCUCCCUAAAAUCGGUGGGUAAUGUUGCGUUAAAAGAUAAUAAUAAUUAUGAUAAAACAUAUAAAAAAUUAAUGUGAAAAAAACAAGAGUCACCCAUAACAUCUGGUACUCUCGGCUUAACUCAUUUAUAUCACCCGGUGUCUUGUAUUAUUAAUUGUGACUGAUCAUUGUUAUGUAGAAGGCCUUAGUUAUUAAGUCUUGCCGUAAUAUUUAUGUGUAUAGUUUAAUGAUUUCUCCCUGUAUGAUUUGUUUGUUUUCUCCUUUCUGAUUUCGCCUAGUUGAAAAAUUGAUUAUUAUAAAUUAUUAUUGAUAUUAUUUAAUAUUAUACGUACUAUAUAAUUUUUUCUUUUAUCUAAUUUAUUUAUUUAUUAUACUUUUAACUUUUUUUUUUUUGUAUAUUAUUGAACAAUUCUAUUUAAUAUUAUGUCUCAUUUAAACGUAGGUCUCGUUUGUUCAUUUUUUUUUUCGUUUUGUUUUUAUUGGGUUUGAUAAAUUUUGGCGUUGUUGCAUUUUAAGGAUAGGUUAUAUUAUAAUUAUUAAGUUUUUUUUCAUAGACUAAGACUACUAUUUGAGUGAUUGUGAAAAUAAAAUAAAAACAACAAAAAAAUUAAUAAAAACUAAAGUUAUUACGAAA